ACACCGAGUUUACCAAAGUACCCUCGCGAUUGCGCGAUUUCCACAGACUUCUCCCGAUUUCCCCCCCUCCAUUUCGCCCGUCUUUCGAGCACUCAAGAAGGGUUUCGCCGUUCUUCCUCCGCCGCGCCGCGCCCUGAGAGCGCUCUCGAUCGAAAAUAUAGGAAGAAGUGAACUUUCUUGAAAUUGACGCAUUGUGGGGAUUCGAGGCUCUUAUUUUCCUUUUGUUCUUCAUCGGUGAAUAUUUCUAGUCAUGGAAAGCAGCAGUGAUGCCAGCUACGCCGUAGCCACGGAAGUCGGCUGGUAUAUCCUCGGGGAGAAUCAAGAACAUGUCGGCCCUUAUGCGCUGUCGGAGUUGCAAGAACAUUUUGCAAAUGGAUAUAUCUCAGAAAACACCGUUCUGUGGUCUGAGGGGAGGAGUGAGUGGGCGCCACUAUCCUCAAUACGGGAGUUAUAUGCGGGGAUGCCCAUCAAGAAACUUGAUGGUUCUGCUGCAGAUCUGCCAGAUGAAGAUGAUGACUUUACAAAAUGGCAGAAAGAGGUUCAAGAGGCUGAGGCAGCGGCUGAGGCUUUGAAAAAUGGCACUACGAUUAGUGUCCUUGCUGAAGGGGGAGAGGGUCUACAGGAAGGAGCAGGUUUAGGCGCUGAUGAUCAGCCCACGACUCCACCUGAUGGGGAGGAAGAAUUUACUGAUGAUGAUGGAUCCACAUAUAAGUGGGAUCGGGCUCUGAGGAAAUGGGUUCCUCAAGAUAACUUAUUAAGUGAAAAAAGUGGGUAUGGAGUAGAAGACAUGACCUUUGCACAAGAGGAGGAAGUAUAUCUUGCACCAGAGGUUCCUGAGCCCUCAGUCUCUGAAGCAAAAGAUUCCUUCACCAAGAACAUGGAGUCAAAACCCGAGACGAAGAGGAAGUUGCCUGAUAAGCCAACUGAAAAGAAGGAAGCUAAUAAACCUCCAGAGAGUUGGUUUGAUCUAAAAGUGAAUACUCAUGUUUAUGUGACAGGAUUGCCUGAUGAUAUUACUGUUGCUGAAAUUGUGGAAGUAUUCUCAAAAUGCGGGAUCAUAAAGGAGGAUCCUGAAACUAAAAAGCCUCGUGUAAAGAUCUAUACGGACAAAGAAACAGGUAGAAUAAAAGGGGAUGCACUUGUGUCAUACUUGAAGGAACCAUCUGUUGCCUUAGCAAUACAAAUUUUGGAUGGAACGCCUCUCCGUCCUGGUGGGAAGACAGUUAUGUCUGUAAGCCAAGCUAAGUUUGAGCAAAAAGGAGAAGUUUUUGUAGCAAAGCAAACAGACAAGAAAAAGAAAAAGAAAAUAAAGAGAGUUGAAGACAAGAUUCUUGGAUGGGGUGGACAUGAUGAUGCAAAGGUGACAAUUCUGGCUACUGUUGUUUUGCGCAACAUGUUCACACCCGCUGAGUUAAGGGCUGAUGAGAGUCUUCUGCCAGAACUAGAGCAAGAUGUUAGAGAGGAAUGUGUGAAACUGGGCCCGAUUGAUUCAGUUAAGGUUUGUGAAAGUCAUCCACAAGGUGUGAUUUUAGUGAAAUUUAAGGAUCGGAAAGAUGCUACAAAGUGCAUCGAGCUGAUGAAUGGAAGAUGGUUUGGUGGAAGACAGAUACAUGCGAGCGAGGACGAUGGUUCUGUCAACCAUGCUCUUAUUCGUGAUAUUGAUGCCGAGAUGUCAAGGCUGGAGCAGUUUGGUGCAGAACUGGAUGCAGACUGACGGGUAUACAGUUCCUGUCGACAAACUCCUGUUAUUGCAAAUUCAAAGAACAAAGAAACAUAGAUGUAAUUUACUCUGUUCUCCAUCUCCAUUAUUGUACCUGAAUUAACACCCAUGAAUGGGUUAAUUUUGUUUUGUUCAUCUGUACAUGUUAUUAGGGAGGAGACCAUGUUUUCGCUGGCUGAAGAACUGCAACCAAAUGCUGCAAGCACUGCUAGUACAGAUCCUUUUACUGUGGUAUUGACCAUCUUUUGUGAUAUUUGAAUUAGCUAUGUGCUGCCUACCUCAAAUGGGCUGGAUUUGCUCAAGUUAUGCCAUAUCUUAGUCUGUACCGCACCCCAAAAUGCUUGUACAAGUGUUUUGAGUAAGUUAGCUGCCAUGUUAAAAUCA